UCCAUACAAAGAUGACAGCAUAAGGAUUUACCGACAGUAAAACUAGAUUGUUAGAACCAACAAACAGUCAGUUGAAAAAUUAACAAACUGUUUGGACAGGCUAAAUAAACAGUUGAAUCUGAGACAGAAAACCUGCAGAAUUUUUUUCUGUAGAAGACAUCCCAUACUUUGCUGAUUCGGUUAGCAAACGGACUCAGAGGAAAUUCUAUUACUGCUUGGUUCUACUGCUAUGAUUAGCCUACUAUUUCUUCUCCUUUUCACAAAAAUUGUGGCUGAAGCACCACCAGACUCUACAGUAUUUGGCUACAUUGAGGAACAUCAAGACAAAUAUGUACAGAGACUCAAAGAUUGGGUGUCUAUUGAAAGUGACUCCAGUAAUCCUGAAAAAAGAGAUCAGGUGGUUAAAAUGAUGAAUUUAACUGCUGAGCAGCUAAUGCAGUUAGGUGCUACUGUUGAAUUGGUGGAAUUGGGGAAGCAAAAGUUACAAAAUGGAAAUGAGAUUCCUUUGCCACCUGUAAUUCUGGCAGAAAUUAGAAAGGAUCCUAAAAAACCCACCGUUUGUUUUUAUGGACAUCUGGAUGUGCAGCCAGCCAAAUAUGAAGAUGGAUGGUCAACCCAGCCGUAUAAUUUGGAAGAAAAGAAUGGCAGCCUGUAUGGACGUGGAACCUCCGAUGACAAAGGGCAAGUUUUGGCUGUACUUCACGCAAUAGAAGCACUUCAAAAACAUGAACUCCCUGUGAACGUGAAAUUUGUGUUUGAAGGUAUGGAGGAAGUAGGAUCCAAUGGGCUGUUCACACUCGUUGAAGAAAGAAAUAGUACAUUUUUUUCAGAUGUUGAUUAUAUUGUGAUCACUGAUACCACGUGGCUCAGCAAAAAACCUGGUAUUACCUAUGGAACAAGGGGGAACUGCUACUUCUUUAUUGAGGUGGAAUGUGCUGCUCAGGAUUUGCAUUCAGGGAGUUUUGGGGGUGUGCUUCAUGAAGCAACCAGUGACUUAAUAUUUUUGUUGAACUCUCUGGCUGAUUCCUCUGGUAAAAUCCUGGUCCCUGGAAUUUAUGAUGCAGUUGCUAAUGUUUCAGAAAAAGAAAAGGAAUAUUUUGAAAAUGCAGAAUUUAAUCUCGAGGAGAUGAAGGCCAAAUUUGGAAUAAAGAAGUUUAAAUACAACACUAAAGUAUGUGUCAAAUUGGUUUUAUACAGAAUUUUA